AUGGCAAUGGCAAUGGCAGAAUUUGCUGAAAACCUCAAGGAAGAGCUGACCUGCUCUGUGUGCAUUGACUACUUCGAUUGCCCAGUGACCUUAGGCUGUGGCCACAGCUUUUGUCUCCUUUGCCUCUUCAGGAACUGGGGAGAAGAUGACCAACCCUGCUUCUGUAUUCUGUGCAGAAGACCCUUCCAGAUGAGAGACUUGGAUAUCAACUAUUGCCUAGGGAAGCUGGCCAACAUAGCCAAGGACAUGAGACCCUACUUAUUGAAGCUGACAACUGAAAGUGUCACAUGUGAGAGACAUCAGGAGGAACAAAAGCUGUUCUGUGAGGAGGACCAAAUACUCCUCUGUGUAUCUUGUUUCCAAACCCAGGAACACAGCAGGCAUACAGUGCACCCUAUAGAAAAGGCUGCAGAGGAUUCUAGGGACAAGGUCCAGAACACUUUGGAUCUUCUUAGGAAAGAAGUGGAGAUAACUCAGGCUGUUCUGGCUGAAGAGAGAAAGACAAUGGAGACUUGUGAUGAACAGGCAUUUGCUUGGAAAGAGAUCAUCAGAGGGCAAUAUAAGCAAUUAUAUGGAUUCCUGGAGAAUGAGGAAAAAAGGCACCUUAAAAAUUUGGACAGAGAUGAAAUAGAGACCAUGAAGAAUCUAAGAGAAAAUGAGGCCAGACUCUCUGAACACCUUCAGAGCUUAAGGGAAGUCAUUGUAGACCUGGAGGAAAAUGGCCAGAAAGCAGAUCUCCAGCUUCUGCAGGUGGUAGGAAGUACAUUAAAAAGGAGUCAGUCCUUUGUGAGUAAUCGACCAGAAGGUACCACUAUUCAACUGCCCAUAUGCCAUAUCACUGGGAUCUGGGAUAUGAUGAAGAACUUCAGAGUGAAUGUGAUCCUGGAUCCUGAAAGCGCCUGUCCUUAUCACAUUGUGUCUGAAGAUAUGAAGACUGUCACCCAUGGUGCAUAUCAGCAGAAUAUACCUAUUGGUCGCCACCAAUUUACAGACAAUAUUAUUUUGGGGGCUCAAGUCUUUACCUUUGGGGUGCACUACUGGGAAGUAGAUGUGGGAAAGAGUACACAAUGGUCAGUGGGUGUAUGUAAGGAAUCAUUGAAUAGGAAUGCAAAUGUUCCAUUCUCUCCUGGGGAUAUCCUUCUUGAAGGAUACAGUUCCAAGUGUAAUAGUUUCCAGACCAGCUCUGGGAACUGCUCAUGA